UUCUUCUGUAAAGCGUUUUCUGAAAGCAACGACAAACGUGCACCGGAGUGAAAUUUACCCCCCAUGAAAGGUUAAUCAUGGCUCACCGCGCGUGGAUCGCAAAGGCGGGAGGAAGCGAGAGAGAAAUGGGAGAGGCUCCGGCGGCAGAAACGCUGGAUCUGGACACCAUUCGGAGUCGAAUGAGUGAGCUCAACCGCAUUCAUACAAAUUACUCUCAUAUUUCCGACUCAAAUCCUUUGGAUCCCCGAAAUUUAUUCCAAGAAUUUUCUCAUCAUCUCCAGAGCAGAGUGAAUCAGAUAUUAUCCCAGUACUCUGAUGUGGAGUCAUUGGAGGCAGACGAUUUGGAUGCAUAUUUGGGACAUUUGAAGAAGGAACUUAACUUGGUGGAGUCUGAGAACGCUAAAAUCUCCAAUGAAAUUGAGGCUCUUACAAGAACCUAUGUGGAAGAUUCUAAUCAAUUGGAGAGUGAUCUUGAAGUGUUGAAACAUUCAGUGGAUUUUGUUGCAUCACAGGGUCUGAAGAGAGCAGAAGCAGGUGCACUUGUUGAUUACUCUUCAUCUGCAGAAGAUCAAUUGGACUCCAGAACUGCACAUGGAGACAACAACUUUGAGAUUUUGGACCUUAAUUAUCAGAUUCAGAAGAAUAAAAUAACUUUGAAGUCAUUGCAGGACCUUGACUAUACUUUUAAAAGGUUUGAGGCUAUAGAGAAGAUUGAGGAUGCAUUGACAGGUCUAAAGGUCAUUGAUUUUGAAGGAAACUGCAUUAGGUUGUCAUUGAGCACAUUCAUUCCAAAUUUAGAAGGCUUAUUGUGUGAACAAAAAAUUGAAGCUGUCAAUGAACCAUCUGAACUCAACCAUGAAUUGUUAAUAGAGGUUAUGGAUCAGAGUAUGGAGCUCAAGAAUGUUGAGAUUUUUCCAAAUGAUGUAUACCUUGGUGAGAUUAUUGAUGCUGCAAAGUCUUCCAGGAAAUUAUUUUCACAUAUGUCAAUAUUGGAGACUAGGUCUUCUUUAGAGUGGUUUGUUAGAAAAGUUCAAGAUAAAAUUAUUUUAUGUGCUCUAAGGCAAUCUAUAGUAAAGGGAGCAAACAAAUCAAGGCAUUCCCUUGAGUACUUGGAUAGAGAUGAGAUUAUAGUAGCUCAUAUGGUAGGGGGAGUUGAUGCAUUUAUAAAGGUGUGUCAAGGAUGGCCUGUAUCAAAUAAUGCACUGAAGCUUAAAUCUCUCAAGAGCUCAGAUCAGCAGUCAAAAGGAAUUUCUUUGAGCUUUCUUUGCAAGGUUGAGGAAAUGGCAAACUCCUUGGAUGUGUCCAUACGAAAAAAUAUUUCAAGCUUUGUGGAUGCCAUAGAAGAAAUACUUGUGCAGCAAAUGCAGUCCAAGCUCCAUGUUGUCGAUGUUCCUGGAAAGUGACUCUUUCUCUGCUUCUGAAUGGUAAGGGCAAUUUAUUGCUGAAUCUGAUGUAUGUGUAUAUUUAGAAUUUGAUGUGUAAUGUAUGUUUAGAGGGGCCAAAGUGUCAGUAAAAUUGCCACAGAAGUUGACCCUUUCCUAGGUUAAACAGAACAACAGUCGAUCUUUUGUUCCAUUGUUGGUAAAGUCACGAAGGAUGAAUCUCUCCCUCAAGAUUAAGUCGGUGGAAAUGAAGCAAAAUCAAACUAGUUAUACAUAGUUAUCUACAUCUCUUAGUAGGAACUUAUGACUUUUUUAUAGUACUUAUAUCAUUAAAAGGUGUUACUUUGGUAUUAUCUUUUACUUGAAAAUGCACAAAAUUUUAAUUAUUUUGAGUUGAA